AUGGCGGCGGAGUGCGUCCUGGAGGCUCCCGACCCGAAGGAGAUGAACGAGGAGGCGCUCUGGGAGCUGAUUAACGACAACCGUCACCGGAUCUCCUUAGGGGUUCGGCCAUGCAUCCUGAUCCCGUACCUGAGGCAGGUCCGGGUCCUCACAGAGCUGGACGAGGACGAGAUCCUGUCGUGCCACAACCUCACCAACCGCUGCAUGAGAACCAGCUACAUGUUGGAUCUGCUGAGGACCCAGGGAAGGAAUGGAGCCAUCGCUCUGCUGGAGGGCCUGAUGAUUCAUUAUCCGACCCUCUACAGCCAAGUGACCGGACGCAAGCCCAGCACAGAACCAUCGAGGUUCAGCGGACUGAUCAAGUACUCGGAGCUGACGGAGUACCUCAUCAGAGCGGUGACGGGGAUGCAGAAGGAGCUGCAGGAGGCCCGCGGCGAGGCCACCAGGAUGGGCACACGGUGCAAAUCCCUGGAGUCAGAGGUUGGGCAGCUCGUGGAGCGGGAGCAGAAGUCCAGGCAGCUUCAGUCUGAAAGUGAACAACUGCAGAGGCUCCUGAGCUCUUUGCAGCGAGAAGUCACCAAGCUGAAGGACGAGAAGUGUGAUCUGUAUAUCCGCUACACGGCCGUCAUCGAGGAGAAAUCAGCAAUGAGCGGGCGACUCCAUGACCUCAACCUGCAGGUGUACCAGCUGCAGACUGAGCUCCAGAGUGUUCACACGGAGAACGAGAUCCAAAAACAGCACUCGCUCCGGUGCCGCUCUGCUCCGGAGAGCCCUCAGCUGCAGGAGGAGGUCAGGAAGCUGCGCUCACAGCUGGAGAAGGCAGAGAAACUGGAUCCGGCCCGGCAGGACAUCCUGGCCCAGGACCUGGCGGAGGCCAUAAACAGUCAGGUGGAGCUGGCGGAGCAGCUGAGAUGCUGCAGGGAGGAGAACGAGAAGCUGCUCAGAGACAAACAAGGACUGUUAGAGCAGAAGGAGAAGCUGAGCCUCCAGGUGCAACAGCUGUCUCUGGACGUGAAGAUGCAUCAGCAGAAGACCACGGUGGUCCUGAACCAGAUGAGAGAGCUUCAGGCAGAAAGAGACCAGGCUUACCUGUCCAGAGACGAGGCCCAGGCAAUAAUCGCCCGCAUCCUGGCUGAGAAGGACACCCUGAGGAGCCAGCUGGUGGAGCUCCAGGAGACCGUCUUCACCCUUCAGGCCAAGCGAAGCUAUGAAGUCCAACAACAGAGCCCUGAUGAGAAGAAGGUCAGCUGGCAGAGGCUGUCAUCCAGCUGUGAAGAAGAGCCGCCUCCACCUCGACGAAGACUCUGCCGCAUGGACGCCGUCAACCCCGAGUCCAUGAGCUCCUUUACCUCAGAGAAUGAAGAUCCUGGUGCGAGCAGCGUCCGAUCCAGAAACGCUCAGCCGCCCAGUCCCGAGUCCCUCCGCCGAAGAGAAGAGAUUUUAAACUCGGACAGCUGUUUAGAAACAGCAGAGACGGACUCUCUACUGGACGACUUUGUGUUCCUCCCUGACGGACAACAAACCCUUUCCUUGGAAUGGAGCGAGGACCAGAAGCCGCCCGAGCUUUCCUCCUCCGGUGGCUCCGACUCCAUGAGCCUCACUCGAACCUCAGCCCCUCCCUUCCUGGUGCGCUCUCGUCCCAAGGCCAUCCGUGUCAACGGCCGCGUCCUCAGCAUCUCCUUCCAGGGGGACGCCCUGCUCAGCCAGCUGACCGUGGUGGGGGGGAACAAAACCGGGGUGUUUGUGCAUCAGGUGACCGCGGGCAGCGCCGCCCAUAAAGUUGGCAUCAAUCCCGGGUCGCAGAUUGUGGAGGUGAAGUAUGAGCAGAAGGAGAAAGCUCUGAAGAUGGUGCUGGAGGACUCCACCUCCGAGGAGGCUGCGUGGGCUCUUGGUCAGGUCACUGGCCUCUGUCACCUCUCCCUCCGACCCAGGCAGGACGACUACGAGGCGCUGCUGCAGCAGCUGCAGACCAACACCACCUCAUCAGGAGACUCCUUCUACAUCCGGGUCAACACGUCCCUCGCUGCUGGUACCGGAGGAACUUUGGCCGUGUCGUGCAACGACAUCCUCCACGUUACAAACACACGACCCACCGACGCCGAGGAUCUGUGGUACGCCAGCCAGGUCCACCCCUGUCAGCUGCUGGACCUGCAGAGUGGAACCGUGCCCAACUAUUACAGGGCACAGCGACUGUUAAUACGAACAAUUGAAGAUUUGAAUUUUCAGAUAAAGAAGUAUAAAAAGGAUGGACAAGUGGUGCCCCGGGGUCAGCAGAAGGCAGUGAGGGUCGUGAGCACGUGGCGUCAGGGCAGGAACCCCCUGUGGGUCAGCGUGGAGAAAGAAAGCACGACGAGCUCAGUGUCAGGUUCUCCGUCUUCAUCCAAAUGCUGCGUGACCCUCAUGCCCUACACCCUGGUGACCCCCCACUUCCCUCCUGUGUGCAGGCCGGUCCUGCUGCUGCCCACCAUCCUGGGACGCGUCCUGGACAAGAAGUUAGCCAGCUGGCAGGGCUUCGAGCUCUGCGAGCCCGAGACUCUGAGCUCCAGCGAGCACGCAGCCCGGCUCCAAAGGUCCGAGAUCCUGGAGGAGUGUGAGCAGGCGGAGAACUGCUGCUACUCCCUGCAGAACGUGGAGAAGGUCAUGAAGAAGGGUAUUCACUGCGUUCUGCCUCUGGGCCUGGACUGCGUGCGUCGGCUGCAGCGCUUCGAGAUCUUCCCCAUCAUCAUCUUCGUCAGCCAGAGUGCACGCAGCGCACGCAAACUGAGGUCCAAACUGCAGCGGGACAGCCGCUCGGAGGAGCAGCUGCUGGCGUGUUCGAGGAGAGAGGAGCCGCUGCUGGACAAGCUGCCGUGUUUGUACCGCAGCGUCGCUCCGGACUCCUGGUGCGACCAGACGUCCCUGCUGACCAGCCUGAGAACCGUCAUCUGGGAGGAGCAGCGGAAGAUCGUCUGGGUGGAGUCGGACCCGUGGUGAAGCAGAGCGGAGGAAA